AUGCAACGUGUGGCAAGAACGCAGGCUCGGUUAAUUGAGGAUAUUGAUCUCUUAUACGACACAUUAGAGAACCAACUGCCUAAGAAACCUACAAUUGCACGCAAAUCCCAACAGCAAUUAGGCAAAUUUGGUGCUCUGACUACCAAAGAUGCUGUUCGUUUUGCAAAUGAUCGAAAAACUAAGGAUGAACGAAAGGAAUACAAUGCGUCUAUCCGAGACCAGACACCUUUAGGUACUCCUGCCACACCCACACCAAUUACUUUUGGACAAAAGUACCCGGAUUAUAUACCGAUAAACGUCAUAGAUGACCCCGUUACUUGA